AUGGUCAUCAAAUUCAUUGGAGAUCAAAUCGAUGCGGCCGAAAGGUUCAACCGAAUCAAAGGUGUGGAAAAGGAGAAAUCGUCUCCAGCUCCUAAACAGCCCAAACCGGCAAAUCCAUCGCCAGCAACAGCAUCACAACUGGCAAUAGGAGCCAAAGCAAGCCCAGCCCCUCAGCACGAGCUGAAGGAUUGCACAUCCACCCGGAACUGCAACAAGUGCGGAGGAAGACACCACACCUCUCUCUGCGACAAAGGAGACGUCAGAGUCCCCAACCCAACAACGGCAGCAAGCAUCAUGGCCAGCAGUCCAACUACAACAACUACAGCCUGUGCAAGCACCUUUGGACAAUUGAUGCUGAAAACGGCAACAGUUAUCAUCAGCGGCCAGAACGGUAACGAAACAAGAGCGAUUUUAUUUGCAGACGACGGGAGUCAUCGUUCCUGGGUGUUGAAAUCACUCUCAUCGCAACUUAAUAUGAAGACAGUAGCGGUGGAAAACAUCAGCACAAGAGUGUUCAAGAAAAAGGAACCCAGCAAGCCCGAAAUGACAAAAAACGUCGAAAUGCAAGUAAGGGGCACCUGGCAAGGCGCCCCAAAAGUUACAUUAAUGGCUUUAGAAUCAGAUCACAUUGCAGAUUCCGGCCCGUACGUAGGAAACGAAUUCGCAAGCAGCCUCUGGAUCCAAAACGAAAAAUUAGCCGACGACAGAUUCGAGAUGGCACACACCGAAGAUCAGCCAAUUGGAAUUUUAGUUGGAAGGGACCAGAUGUUCCAAAUCAUGUCGAAUGAAGCCGCCAUACAGAGUCCGUGCGGAUUACGAGCGUUUCAAACGAAACUCGGAAGAAUGAUUGCUGGACCAUCACAAGAAACAAAAUCGAAGACAGGAACUCAAGAGACUGGAACGGCCAGUCCCCAAAAUCUACCAAUAGGAGCGUCAUUCUCGGAUGCCCCAAUCGGAUCCAGCGGAGAAGCAGAUAGUAAAUGGUUUGAGAAGGAAGAACAAGUUGCUACUAAUUUCGACCUUUCCCUUUUUUGGAAAAUAGAAAACUUCGCGAACCUUGAAGGCGCUGAUGCAGUGGAGUCGGAGGAUCGCUUCGAUUUCUUUGACGAAAAAAUAACGAGAUGGCCAGAUGGAAGAUACUGUACACCGAUCCCUUGGACAACUGACAAGUGGAGACUUCAGAAAAAUCUCCCGUUGGCCACCGGAAGAGUGGAAAGCACAAUAACAAGAUUGAGAAAAAAUCCAGGAGACUUGGUGAAUUACCACGCAGAAAUCCAAAAGCUCAUCGACAGCAAAUUCGUCGAGGAGGCGAACAUGGACUACGAAGAGCUUCACACCUAUCUCCCACAUCAUCCGAUCUUCAGAGGCGACAAAUCAACGACGAAAAUCAGACCCGUCUUUGAUGGAGCAGCAAAAACGAAAUUUGGACCAAGUCUGAACGACGUGUUGGAGACCGGACCAAAUCUCAAUCCCGAUCUCCUAUCAGUGCUAUUACGCUUCAGAAAGUACGAGAUUGCCUGGAUUGCCGACAUAGAAAAGGCUUUUCUAAACAUCGCCCUGCAGCCGGAAGACGCUGAAGCAAUCAGGUUUUUAUGGCCCAGGGAUCCAGCAGUGGCUGGAUCGCCUCUAAUUGCCUACAAGUGGAAGAGAGUGCCCUUUGGCCUUAGUUCUAGCCCCUUUCUCCUACGUGUUACAAUUAACAAACAUUUCAAAUCACUAAAGUCUCGUUUUCCAGAAACUAUUCAACAGCUGGAAGAAAGUUUGUACGUUGACGAUUACCUCGGCGGAGCAAACAAUUUAUCGAUCGCCAAGAAAAGAGUCGACGAAACGGACGAAAUCUUUAGUGACGCCCAACUCAACAUGAGAAGCUGGGCAACCAACAACGAAGACCUAAAACAACACCUGAAGGAGAAAGGACUAUCGAAUCAAGUCGUAGGCCUACUCUCCCCAGCCUUGGACGGCCAACAGAAGGUGUUAGGAAUCCGGUGGGACACCGGAUCCGAUUCGUUCAAAUUCGACCCAGCAUCCAUCAUCCAAGCAGUAGAAGAAGUGGGAUCGGAAAUCACCAAAAGAAAGAUACUCAGUAUCUCGGCAAGGAUUUUUGAUCCAAUUGGAUUUUUAUCUCCCACUGUACUUUUAUUAAAGAUUAUUUACCAGAAGCUCUGGGAAAAGGAGAUAGGUUGGGACCAAGCAGCUCCAGCCGAUAUCCAAAAAUCUUGGAAGAUAGUGAUGACUGGUCUCGCCGAUUUCACCGAACUACAAAUUCCACGAUGGAUCGGACUAUCCGAAAAAGUCACCUCACACGAAAUUCACGUCUUCGGAGACGCUUCUGAAGCAGCGUAUGGAGCCGUAGCCUACGCCCGACUCCAAAAAGGACAAGAAGAUCCACUCAUCAUCCUACUGGCCAGCAAGACGAGAGUUGCACCUCUACCUAAGAAAAAAGUAACUUUACCGCGUUUAGAAUUGCUGAGCUCACUUUUAGCCGUACGUUUAGGCGAAGUUGUAAAAAACGCAAUGCAAAUCCAGUAUUGGAGAACUAUCUACUGGUCGGACUCCUUAGUUGCACUAGGAUGGAUUAGAGGAGAGCCGAACAAAUGGAAACCAUUCGUCCGAAACCAAGUGGAGACGAUACGAAAAUUUUCACAGCCCGAGUGGUGGAGACACUGUCCAGGUCUCCAAAAUCCGGCCGAUCUUGCCUCGCGGGGAGCGCCAGCGCCAACGCUGGUAACCUCAACUCUUUGGUGGAACGGCCCGAUUUGGCUCAAAGGAGAAGAAACGGAAUGGCCAGAUUCUCCCAACGACCAAAUUCCACAAACAAUCCAGUCCGAAAUGGAAUCGGAAGCAAGGAGUACGACGGUCAGCACAACAGCAGCCAUCGCAAUUCCAACAGCCUCCGUCGACUGGAAUCUCGACAAAAUUUCCACCUGGAAUCGACUGUUAAGACGUACAGCCUGGGUCUCACGAUUCCUCAGCAGGAGUCAAAAGAAGCUCAGACCUCCCGGUCCAGAACGAAUGGAGUCGAUAAAGGCAAUUGGACCAGAUGGAAAAGGAAGUGGAAAAGUUAUCCGGAUUACAAGAUUAUCCAGAGAGGAGCUGGAUGAAGCGGAACUAACGAUCUACAGACAGCUCCAACGAGAGCGGUAUCCUAAGGCGUUUGAAUCGCUACAGUUAGACAACACAAUCCAGCCCAAGGAGAAAAUCGCUGCACUUUUUCCAAUCUGGGACGCCAGAGACCGUCUCGUUCGAAUCCAUGGGAGAGUAUCACUUGCCCUAAGAGAUAGAAACAUCGAUCCCCCAAUUUUGCUUCCUGCAUCACAUAUAGUAAUCACUUUCUUAAUUACAGACAAACACGAGUCGCUACUACAUGCAGGAGCAAAGGUGACACUAUCAGAGUUGAAAGAAAAAUUCUGGAUAGUUAAAGGACGACAGCAAGUGAAAAAGACUUUGUUUACUUAUUGUGUGGAAUGUAAAAAGCUGACAUCACCACCAUUCCAGGAAUUAGCAGCCCCUCUUCCUUUAAACCGACUCAAACAUGCACAAUCUUUUCACGUUACAGGAGUCGAUUUCGCUGGACCACUGCUGUACAAACCAGCACAGCGAAGGAAGAAAAGGAAAGCUCCACCAGGCGUCCAGGAUCCGACGCCAGCAGACGAUCCAACUGAAGAACAAAUCGAGGAGCCACCCACUGAAGGAGACGCUCCAAUCGAAGCUCUAAUCUCACUCGAGCGGUUCACCUGGAAUUACUACCCGAUAUGA